GGCUGUGUUAACAGCUGUUUUCACCUUGCAGCUUCUUCAUGGAACCUUCUUUAAAAACCAACCUGGCGCAGAAUCUCCUACAGUAUUUAAAAAAAAAAAUUGCACCCUUUUCUUGAUGAAUCCCGAAAUAAAACUGCUGCUUUCUGCGCCUCCCUGGUCUGUACAACUCUCGGGUGUUAAUUGUGGUUACUCCUGACAUCACCAGCGUGAACGCGAAAAAAAAGUCUUCUUCCUUCUGUGCAAGGUUGCUACCAACAGAGCGAACGGAAUCGUGUGUUUGAGGAAGCAGUAACGCUCUGCUCUGGCAGCGUGAAGUCAUCUGAAAAUUGCAAGCAGUCGAGAAACACACCAGCGGAUUAUCGUCUUUGAAAAUUCUUCUCCUGAGAAACGUCUACCUUGUUAUCACAGUAUCAAAAUUUACAUACCUCCUCACUCAGUAUGACUCGCCUCCGGUUUAAGGACGCUUUUUGGUGCCCAGAGUUUACCAGUUACGUCGGGCAUGAGGUUAUACUGGAGCGGUUACGGGAAGGCCGAAGAAUGUGCAAAGACAUGGAGGAACUUCUGAAAAUGAGGGCAAUAGCAGAAGAGAAGUACGGAAAGGAGCUAAUGAACAUUGCACGGAAGGCCGGGGGUCAAAUGGAGCUGAAUACCCUGCGAAUAGCCUUUGACAGCCUAAAGCAACAGCUGGAAAAUGUGGGGAACCUACACAUUCAGCUGGGCGCUGAGCUGAAAGAGGAGGCAAAGAGACUAGAGGAUUUCCGGGAGAGGCAGAAGGAAACGCGGAAGAAGUUUGAAAUUUCUAUGGAGCGCAUACAGAAGAGUAAGGUGGCCUUGUACAAAAAAACCAUAGAGUCAAAGAAAUAUUACGAGCAGAAGUGCCGAGAGGCAGACGAGGCGGAGCGUAUGUCAGAGCGUGCAAACUCCAUCGGAAACCCAAAGCAAAUGGAAAAGAGCCAGAACAAAGCCAGACAGUCUCAAGACGCCGUGGGUGACGCAGAGAAAACUUAUCAACAGAAUAUAGAACAACUAGACAAGAUUAGACAAGAAUGGGAACAAGAACACAUCCAAACUUGUGAGGCAUUUCACCAGCAGGAGUGCGAUCGCAUCAACAACCUGAGGAACGUGUUGUGGGUUCACUGCAAUCAGCUCUCGUUGCAUUGUGUGAAAGACGAUGAGAUGUAUGAGGAAACUCGGAAGGUGUUGGAGAAGUGUGAUAUUGAUGCGGAUAUAGAUUGUUUCAUUCAGAAGAAGAUGACGGGACUGACUCCCCCUGCUCCCAUUGAAUAUGAGAAUUACUACCAGAAACAACCCAGUGGAGAAAGCCGCACUGUGAACUCCAGGAAUGGAGGGGUGAUGAAAAGAUACUGCCCUAAUUUUUUGCAUUACAGGAUUACCAAUCUUUUACCUGGCCACAGUUCAAAGCCCAGCAGCAAUUCAGUCAGUGCUACUGCACCUCCUCCUGCAGAGGAUUUGUAUGCCAGUGUUGGUGCUGUACCUCAGGAAAACACAAACAACUACAGAGUGCUUUACGACUACAAGGCUCAAAAUAACGACGAAUUGGACAUAACUGCCAACGACAUAAUCCAGAUCACAGAGGAGAGUGAAGAUGGGUGGUGGAUGGCAAGUCGUAAUGGGCAAAGCGGCUUAGUCCCCAGCACCUACUUGGAGAAAGUCUGAGAGCUCCACAGUUCAUCUAGCUGCACGUUCUCCACAAUUAACUGAGGAACAGUGAAAUAUAAGGUGGUUGGCGCUGGCCAGCAAGCUGCUUAAUUUUAAAGUUUACAUGAAAUAAUUGGGUGCAGAGUUUAAUAUGGUACAUGCUUUUGAUAUAUUGUUCGAUUGUCUGACCUGUAAUAUUUAUCUGUAAAUGUAGAUCUGUAUUGUGGUAAAUUAAUCCAUAAUGAUGCCACACAAGUAUCAGAAUGAGACUCACUUUAUUGCCAGUAUGUGAAACAUACCAGAAUUGAUUGUGGUUCAGUGCCAAGCAUGAAACACAGGGCAAUACCAUUACAGACAACACAAUAGCAGCCAAUAAUUUACAAGACAAUAGUGCAAACAGCCAUGAGCAAUGAACAAUUAGCUCAAACGUCAAUAAACAAACUUAAAUGAAGUAUAUUAUAAUCAUCAUUCCUGCUGUACAUGACUAACAUAGUCUUGAUCUUGAGGUCUCAGAAUAUAAGACAGAAGCAUUCAGCUCCACCAUUCAAUCGUGCCUGAUUUAUUAUCCCUCUCAACCCUGUUCUCUGCCUUCUCCCUGUAACCUUUGAUACCCUGACUAAUCAAGAACCUAUCAACGACUGCUUUAAAUAUAUCCAAUGACUUGGCCCCACAGCCAUCUAUGUCAAUAAAUUCCACAUUCACCACCCUCUGGCUGAACAAAUCCCUCCUCCUCUCUGUUCUAAAGGGAUGUCCUUCUAUUCUGAGGCUGUGACUCUGGUUCUAGAUUCCCCCACUAAAAGAAAUUCCUCUCCACCUCCACUCUCUCUAUGUAUUAGGUGUUCUGGCGGUGAGUUCCCUAGAGUUUGAGAUGCUCAUUUAUGGUUUCCCCCUGAUUUCCCAUUUCAGAUGCACUGCGCCCACCCUGGCACAGAGUUGGCUGUCCAUCUGUCUCAGGGGUUUGUCCUUUGCCAACCUGGGCUAGUUUGUACUCCUGCCCUUCUCUUACAAGAGUACAGAGAAAAUUUACAAGGGUGUGGCCAGGUCCUGAGGGGAAAAAAUUGCACAGGUUAGAAUUUUAUCUCCCGGAGUUUAGGAGAAUGAGGGGAUAUCUGAUAGAAGUAUGCAAUCAUGAGGGUACAGUGUAAAUGCAAGCAGGCUUUUUCCACUGAGGCUGGGUGAGGCUACAACUAGAGGUCAUUGGGUUAAGAGUGAAAGGUGAAACAUUUAAGGAGAACUUCGCUGAAGGUGUUGAUUGUCUGGAAUGAGCUGCCAGAGGUGGUGAUGGAUGUGGGUUCGAUUGCAACAUUUAAGAGAAUUAGACCAUGACAUAGGAGCAGAAUUAAGCCAUUCAGCCCAUCGAAUCUGCUCCACUAUUCCAUCAUGGCUGAUUUAUUAUCUCUCUCAACACAUGCCUUCUCCCCGUAACAUUUAACACCCUUAUUAAUUAAGGACCUAUCAACCUUUGCAUUAAAUAUAUCCUCUACAGCCGCCUGUGGCAAUGAAUUCCACACAUUCACUACCCUCUGGCUAAAGACAUUCCUCCUCAACUCUAUUCUACAGAUACAUACUUCUAUUCUGAUGUUGUGCUUGCUGGUCCUAGACUUCCCACUAUUUGAAACAUCCUCUCCAUGUCCACCUUUCAAUAUCAAUAGGUUCAAAGAGAUUUCUUCCACCCCCCCCCGGCCCAAUCUUCAAAACUCCAAUGAGUACAAGCGCAGACUGGAUGGGCCAAAGGCCACGUUUCUCUGCUGUGGUGACCUAUGACUCUAGAUGAGAUUAUUCAACAAGGGCAGUGUCGGACUUGCGACUUUAUCUUGUAUUUUGUAGAAUAUUUAAAAGUAUUAUUUCCUUCCAUCUCUGCAUUGCCGAAGGCUUUGGGAUUGAAGACCUGUGUCCAAGAACCCUGUUGCAGUUAUCCAGUUUUUACACGUAGCUCCCCCUCCCCAUGGCCCCCCAAAGGCAGCCACCUCGUGCUGUAAGAGAUCAUUUCUCACCUAAGAGUCCGGUUGACAGUAGACAUCAUCACAGUCAAGUCUCAGAGUAGCACAUACAAAACGCUACGGGAACUGAGCAGGUCAGGCAGCAUCUAUGGAGAGGGGAAAAAUCUGUGAAUGUUUCGGACUGAGACCUUUCAUCAGGUCCUGAUGCUCUGGUUUUCCAGCAUCUGCAGAGCGUUUAGAGUGAAAGAGUCACAGCACAGAAACAGGCCCUUUGGCCCAUCUAGUCCAUGCCUAGUCCUAUCGACUUGCACCCGGACCAUAACCAUAGAACCAUAGAAACUACAGCACAGAAACAGGCCCUUUGGCCCUUCUUGGCUGUGCUGAACCAUUCUCUGCCUAGUCCCACUGACCUGCACACGGACCAUAUCCCUCCAUACACCUCCCAUCCAUGUAUCUGUCCAAUUUAGUCUUAAGUGUUAAAAAAAGAACCUCUUCUGGCAGCUCAUUCCAUACUCCUACCACUCUCUGUGUGAAGAAGCCCCCGCUAAUGUUCCCUUUAAACUUUUCCCCCCUCACCCUUAACCCAUGUCCUCUGGUUUUUUUCUCCCCUAGCCUCAGUGGAAAAAGCCUGCUUGCAUUCACUCUAGCUAUACCCAUCAUAAUUUUAUAUACCUCUAUCAAAUCUCCCGUCAUUCUUCUACGCUCCAGGGAAUAAAGUCCUAACCUAUUCAACCUUUCUCUGUAACUGAGUUUCUCAAGUCCCGGCAACAUCCUUGUAAACCUUCUCUGCACUCUUUCAACCUUAUUUAUAUCCUUCCUGUAAUUUGGUGACCAAAACUGAACACAAUACUCCAGAUUCGGCCUCACCCUUCCAUCUAGGUACCUAUCUAAAUUUCUCUUAAAUAUUGAAUUCAAACCUGGGUGCAUCACGUCCCCUGGCAGCAUCUCCACACUCUCGCCACCCUCUGAGUGAAGAAGUUUCCCCACACGCACUUGGCCAUUGCCAAUGUGCUCCUCUCCUGUAUUUUUCAGAUUUUACUCUCAAGCCCAAUGAACAGAUCUAUUAUAUAGUAGGUGUUCAGUUUUAGAUCAUCUAAUAAUUACUGAGAUUUUUAAAAGUUAGUUUAUAUAAUAAAUUCCAACGUCUGAAACAUUUCCUGUUUCCAAAACUGUGUGUCUACAUAACACUGAUUGUCUUGCAGUUGUAGCAGUCUAUAGAUUCGAUGUCAUUUAACACUGAAACCGUUUAUUGUGGCACUUUAGACUGCAAAUCUUGCAGAACAGUUGUAGUGUUGCAAUUGCAAACUUUGUGGCCGUUUAAAGUGCUGCAAAAGUGAGUGGUCUUCCAGUUGCUCUGCAUGUCGUAUCGCUGCAAAACAGGACUAUCUUUCAACUGAGUGUGAACAACUGGUACAUUAUAAACAAGGUUAUACUGUGAAUGCCACACACGUUUGCUGUACAAUUCGGUACCAAGGGCAGUAUUAAAUUUGCAUAUUGUUUUAUAUAAAUAGCUGGCGUCAUGGUGAAAGUAACAGGAAAAAAAAACUUUGCAAGCAAUAGUUUGUGAUUUUAAAGUAUUAACCAUUGUAAAUAUUUAUGGAGAAAUAAAGCAUGUUUAAACACAAAUCUUCUUUCUCCGUACAUGUGU